ACAAGAGAGGACUGCUCAAAGCAGAGACAGCCUGGGACCCAGCUUUCCCAGACCACGGAGACCACUGCUAGACAAGUGCAACUGAGAUGACUCACAUACUUCUUGUUUCUAUUGUUUUGCUACAUUUUCUCCAACAAGGGAGCAUGAGCAAGAAAUUACCUGGAGUUGAGCAAUAUGAAAUAGUUUAUCCACGGAAAUUGCACACAGUACAUAAAAGAGAUGCAGAAACAAACAAAGAGACAAAAUACGAUGACACAAUGGAGUACAGAAUCAAAGCCAAUGGAGAGGAAGUCAUACUGCACCUACAAAAAAAUAAGCAUCUGCUAGCUAGAGACUAUACUGAAACAGUUUAUUCUGAUGACGGUCAACAAAUAACAACAAGUCCUCAAAUCAAGGAUCACUGUUAUUAUGAAGGCUACAUUCAGAAUGAUGUUGAUUCCAUGGCAAGCAUCAGUGCUUGCAAAGGUCUAAGUGGAUAUUUUGAGACCCGUGGUCAGAAGUACCUCAUUGAACCCUUGGGAACUUCAGACAGAGAUGAACAUGCAGUCUAUAAGUAUGAGAAACUCAAACAAAAGUCCAUAAAAACCUGUGGACUAAUCAAUAACACCUGGGAAGAGGAUUCAAAUGACCCCAUCAAUGACAUCUUCAAAUCCAGCAACAGCCCAGAAAUGAAAGCAUAUCUGAAAGCAAAAAAGUAUCUGGAAGUUUACAUAGUCGCAGACAAUACUUUGUAUAAGAAGUAUGAAGAAGAUGUUAAAACUGUAAGACAAAGGAUAUUUGGAAUAGUCAAUUAUAUCAACAAGGUUUAUAAGGCCAUAAAUAUCUACGUGGCUUUAGUUGGCCUAGAGAUCUGGACGGAUGGUGAUAAAUGCCUUCUGAGUCCCGCUGCAGGAUUUACUCUGGACAGUUUCUCAAAGUGGCGUCUAUCAGAUUUAUUAAAGAGGAAAAGAAACGACAAUGCUCAGCUAAUCACAGGCUAUGACUUCGAGGGGACAACGAUUGGAUUAGCCUUUCUAAAAGCCAUAUGCAGUGAUACACAUUCUGCAGGUAUUAUUCAGGAUCAUAACAGAAACGAAAUUGCAGUUGCAGCUACCAUGGCACAUGAGAUGGGACACAACCUUGGCAUGAGUCAUGACACCAAAGCCUGCACGUGUAAUGCUGAAGUUUGUAUCAUGACAGAUACUGUCAGUUCUAUCAUCCCCAAGAAAUUCAGCUCUUGCAGCCUCCAAAGUUUUGAGAAAUACAUGUUGAGUGACAUGCCAAAAUGCUUAACAAACAUCCCAGAUAUAAGUAGCAUCAUAGCACCUCCAACCUGUGGAAAUGGCUUUGUGGAAAAAGGAGAGGAAUGCGACUGUGGUACUCCUGAGGAAUGCACAAAUGACUGCUGCGACCCCGAGACGUGCAAACUGACAGCGGGUUCCACAUGUGCACACGGAGAGUGCUGUGAAAACUGCCAAUAUAAAAAAUCAGGAGCUAUUUGCCGAGCAGUUAAGCAUGACUGUGACCUGGCUGAGAUGUGCACGGGCUUCUCUGCGAAUUGCCCAGCGGAUCGAUUCCGUGUGAACGGACACCCCUGCAACUACGGCGAAGGCUAUUGCUACAUGGGAGACUGUCCCACCCGAGAAAACCAGUGCAAAGCUGCUUUUGGACCACAGGCUACUGAAGGUGCAGCUUCCUGUUACCGGAUGAAUGAGAAAGGGGUAUAUUAUGGGUACUGCAAAAAAGAAAAAGGUAGUCACGUCCCAUGUAAAAAAAGAGAUAUAAUGUGCGGAAAGUUGUUCUGUACUGGGGGGAAGGAGAUGCCUCGGGAUGGGAGCCUGGUGACUUUUGAGUCCUGCAAAGCAAGUUUUCCUAGAAAUGGAGAAGUAGACCCAGGAAUGAUUCUCAAUGGAACCAAGUGUGGGAAUGGCAUGGUGUGCAGCAAUGGAGAAUGUGUCUAUGCUGAAGAUGUCUUUAGAUCAGCCAACUGCUCUGCCAAGUGUACUGGACAUGCUGUGUGCGACCACGAGUUGCAAUGCCAGUGUGAAGAAGGCUGGGCACCACCAACCUGCGACAGCGCGUCAGCCGUUACCAGCUUCGCUAUUGUUGCCAGUGUGCUGGUUGUCCUCGCUGUCACAGCAAUUGCAGCAGUGUUACUUGUCCACUUCCGAGUAUUCAAGAAGAGCAGCCAGACCAGAAGGGGACCUGGAGCCACAAACCAAAUCUUUGUGGAUCAAGAACAAAGACGCAGAGAAUACCCUAUCCUAGCAGCACCAGCCCAGAAGAUGAAUGAUAAGAAACUUCUCCUCCCUGUACCUCCACUGCAGGAGAACAAACCACAGCUCCAGAGCCCAGCCUUAAAGCCAAAAGGUCCCCCACCUCCUAUUCCUUCUACCAAACCAACCUCUUCGCACACAGGAGUGAUUUUUGCACCAGAGAGAAAGCCCGCUCAUCUCCCAGUUCCCAAAGGCAAACCUCCACCUCCACCAAAGGCUUUAAAACCUCCAGUUAAUCCCAGAGUGUGAAGCUUCUGAAGUAGGGCUGAUCGAGACACCUGAAAUUUUCAGGGACAAUUUGUUUGUCCCUUGAUUCCUCCACUUUUGUCAAAGGCAACCAAAAUAGUCUUCCUGUUCUCUUUAAAAAAAGAACAACUGACAGCUGCUUUGAAAGAAAAAUCUGGUUUUCAAACAGCAAGGAACUCUUCGGCGAUGACAUCAAUCUACUGUCCAAAAGGAAACAAAGCAGAAUCGCUACUUGCACUGAGGUGUAGACUGGGAGUAAGUUUUGAAAGCUGCUUAACACAUCCUGACUGCUAGGCCACCACCACAAAAUGUGGCUGCACUGAGAAGCCCUGCACCUACCCUGCUUUUCUGGGUACAGACCUGAGAAGAUCAGGGAAAGUAUGGCUACUACAGGUUUGUAAAUUGUAAACUUUUUGUUACAUUUCUGGAUCUUUGCCAGCCCUCUCCAUCAACAGACCAGACCUUCUCCUUCAUGUGCAAGUUCCAAGUUCUGCAAAAAGAAAAAAUCCUUCCAGCCCUUUGGAGAAAAGUUUGUGUUCUCAAGGCCUGAACUAGCCUUGGAAUAAUAAGAUGACACACUAGAAACGCAUUGAUUCUGGAAGGAUCCUUUUGGAUCAGAUUCUCUCAGUAAUGCUUAGAUUACCUGUUAAAAAAGAUUUCUUUUGAGUAGGUAGAACUGAAGAUACGCUCAAAAGCAAUGCAUGCAGAAGUCAAACCACUUGCUGCUUGCAAGUGCUCCCAGAGCUCAGGCUGUGCCAGUUUAAAAAGAGCUCCAGCUGCCACCACUGCACUUAGAAAAGUUUAGAAAAGCACAGUCAACAAAAUCCUUAAUCAUUUAUUUCAUUUGCCCCUCAGCUCCAGAAAUAUCCGAGUAUUUCUCCCUUCCAGGAUAUACAUGCCUUGGUGUUUUUGUUUAAUUGCUCUUGCACCGGGGUGUGUUAUUGUAAAGUUGCUAAUGAGAACUAGGCUGGGCCCAGGGGUUUGUUAUUGUGGGACAGCAUCACAGCAUGAGGCUCUGCACACCAGUUUAUUACUGAGGGGUUCUUCAUUCGUUCUGGCCUGUUGGCAUCAGUGUUGUUGACUCUAUUGGCCUGCUGGCAUAGAUCUUCAUGAUACUGUUGGCAUUGAUGUUAAUAAUACUGUGAGAGUGCUGGCACUGAUGCUAUUGUUACCGUUGGCACUGAUAUUAUUCAUGUGGUUGGCAUCAAUAUUAUUAAGUUUAAGCUCACAGAAGUGUUUUUCAAGGAACAAAAAAAAAAAAAAAAAAAAAAGAGAGAAAGAAACAAAGUUGUUCUGGACCCAAAGUACUCAAGAUUUUAUAGAGGUUCCAGUUUGAACUGGAUUUGGGUUUGGAUCAGGAUCAACAUCGGAACACAGAUUCAAAUUGAUUACGCGGUGGCUGAGGAAGGCAGUUUCCAGCCCUUGGGCAUAGUGGCUUUGCUAGGGAAGACCACAUGGCUGCCAAACUCCCAAAACAAGAUCUGGGGCCAGCAUUGUGCACACUAACCUUCACCUGCACUUGGUUCUGACUGGGGCCUAUUAGGACUUUUAAAAAAGCCCGAUCUUCAGGGGGCCCGAAGCCUUCUACUCAAGUUUGUGAACCAGCUCAUUCCUGCUGAAAUCCUGAUCCACGCAAUCCUCUUCGGAUAUGGAACACGUCUCCAAAGUACAGUCACUUUUCAGAUGCAAAGCCUCAUUAUUUACAGUGACCGUUACUGCAGCUGCACGCUGCAGAUCCAUCGUCUCUGAUACAGAAAUGCAGAUAAAAAAACAAUUCUUCUUUUGGGCUAGGCUUGAUUUGAUGUUGCCAAUCAAGUACUGUAUGCUCUGCAAAACACAGAUGUGGUGAAAUUACAGUCUUCAGUUUGAGGAGUGAGGUGGGGGUUUUGUUUUAGGGUAGAUUUUAAUGGAAGAGCAUAGCUUUCUUCCACUUUGGAUAACUGCUUAUUUGAGUCAGAAAUGGAUUUUAAUCUAUCUGUAUUUGACUAUGGUGUAAAGAUUCGGAACUUAUUUUUUAUUAACUGUAAUUAUUGUAUUUACAAAGAUUUCUGUGUUAGAAGUAUUCUAUCUAAACUGGAGGUAGUUGUUUUGUUUUUAAAAGAUCAUCAUUUGCACAUGACACACAUAACAAUAACAUAAAGUGGGAUCAUUUAUAACAUUGCCAAAUCCCUAAAACUCCCAAUUUGGACUAAAAAGAUAAUGCACAGGUAUUGCCAAACCCUGACAAGUUAUCCAGUAAAGCUGAGUUAAAUUUA